CGCCAAAGAGCAGCGCGUGGCUCCACACAAGACACGCAGUCUGCCUUAUCGCUCCAGCUGCUCAACGUAAAAAGGAAUCGUAUACAAUUUUUGGGAGACCACAGGUCGAAUAAGCCAGACACACACGUCCCCCUUGACCAAACUUGUCCGCGUAACGACGUUUUUUUCCGGCAAUCGAUGGCAAAAGAAUUCCUCGUCCUUGACGGUCCAAUGUCUUAACACAUCCAGCCGGUCUUCAAACAGGAUCCCUCCGCCCGCAUGCCGUGCUCCAGUGAAGGGACGCCAUAGAUCGCCUCGGAGAUCAAUCCACAACACUCACGGUGAUCAAUCAAAUUCUGUGUGGCCAAGGAGAAAAUCAGCUUUCCUUUAAUUACCUCAAGUAUCCUCCACCAGAAGAGGUUGCUCUGCCGUCACACCGAACAGAGCGGCCUCCUCCACCGAGAAGCUUGGCUUUAACACGCCAUAACAUUUUCUACCCACCCAACCGACGCUACCAAUCACGGAUCGGAGAUCACUGUUGUUGAGCAACUGAAUACAAGAUGUGGAGAGCAGACAUGUCGAACACUGCAGCAGUUUUUUGUCAUUAUCACAACAGUUGAAUUCUAGUGCGGUUCCCAUUACUACAUUUCUUGUAUAAACUGUAAACAGUGUAAUUGGAUUCUUCUUCCUUCUUUACUUUUUUCCGGCUGUUUGUUUGAUUUAUUCUUGUUGUUUUUCCUGUGUUUUUUUUUUUUAUCCAUGUCAGGAAGCAAAAGGAAAAACCAAGUGAACUCGAAGUGACUUUCCUGUGCUUUCGUUUUGUAGUUUCGUUUUAAGUUUCCUUAUUAUGAGGCUUAUUAUGGCGGCGGGAGGCACUGUGAGCAGAUCAGCAUGACUCCAGAGACAGCUUUGGAGACGCUACCUCUGGAACCGUGCAGAAUCCACAGGGCUCAGGCGGCUCUGUGACUCUGCCCCACCGUCCCAACCCUACGGACACCCCCACUUAAGACUUUGGAAUGCUCCGGAACCUCGCGGAUUAAGCUCAUCCCUCCCCCCUCCCCCCCUACCCCCCAUUGUUACAGAAACCAACUUUUGAUUUAAGAUCUCACCACCCAAGAGGAGCUACGCCGUUCUGUUUAAUAACAGCGUUAUUACUGUGUUUUUUUUUCCACCUCAUCCCAGCGUCACAUGUAGAGCAAAGAAGAACCUGGCAACACAUUUUGCUCCAUUUUUUCCCCCUUUUGUUAUUUCCCGCCUAAAAUGGCGCCAUGCUGGAAAGUGAGCACCUGGUUGGCGUUAUGGGCACUGAGUCUUCUGGGGUGCUGUAACUUUGGGUGUUGUAAGAAAACUGCAAGGACUAGUAGAUCGGGGGGAGGAGGAGGAGGAGGUGGAGUCGAAGGCGUUGGAGGGGAUGGCGGCAGUGAGGAGGACCAGCUCAUGUCCCAUGAGCGGGUGAAGAGAGGAUGGGUGUGGAACCAGUUCUUCGUGGUGGAGGAGUACACGGGCACAGAGCCACUCUAUGUGGGGAAGAUCCACACGGACUCGGACGAGGGCGAGGGAACCAUCAAGUACACCAUCUCCGGCGAGGGGGCGGGCACCAUCUUCAUCAUCGACGAGCUCACGGGAGACAUCCACGCCACGGAGCGUCUGGACCGGGAGGAGAAGGCCUUCUACACCCUGAGGGCCCAGGCGCUGGACCGGCUGUCCAGCGACCCGCUGGAGCCCGAGUCUGAGUUUGUCAUCAAGGUGCAGGACAUCAACGACAGCGAGCCCAAGUUCCUGGAAGGGCCUUAUAUAGGCAGCGUGGCGGAGCUGUCGCCCAUAGGUACGUGA